CAGCUCUUUCCAACUUGUGAAUGUCCCAGAGAGUGAAAUCAACACUGGAUCCACAGCACUUGGAUGAGCUUGGCUGUCCCUGGAAACAGCCUCCCAAAGCGCAAGCACGUCCGGCAAGCUAUUUCUCACCUCAUCCAACCAGCAGGGACUCCAUUCCCCAGGGCUAACGAAGCAGCAUGUCCCAAGCCACGAAGCGUAAGCAUGUGGUGAAAGAAGUCCUAGGGGAGUACGUGAUUCCUUCGGAGCGGCAGCAGAUUGUACGGGUGCUGGGCACUCCAGGCAAUAACCUUCAUGAGGUGGAGACACCAGAAGGGGCGAGGUUCCUUGUGAGCAUGCCCACCAAAUUCCGCAAGAAUAUUUGGAUCAAGAGAGGUGACUUCCUUCUGGUGGAUCCCAUAGAAGAAGGGGAGAAAGUAAAAGCGGAAAUCAGCUUUGUGCUGUACAAGGACCACAUUCAAUAUCUGAAGAAAGAAGGAUAUUGGCCAACUGCCUUCUUAGCUGAUGCUUCAGGAACUCAGAGCGGCGCUAAAGACAGGGACGGAGCGCAAAGCCCCCCGCGUUCUGCAGGGGAAGACAACUCGGAGGACAGCGACAGCGACUUGUUUGUGAACACGAACCGUGCAAAUUACGGCUACACGGAGAGCGAGGACAGCAGCGGCUCCGAGGAGGACGAGCAGUAA